AUGGCUGUGUUCCGGUUCUCCAGGCUGGACGUGGGCCUGACGGUCCUGGGACUGGGAGCUCUUGUGUUGGACAUAGUCCUGGACGUGAGGACAGCUGUGGAGCUGUACCAGGAAGGAGACAUCCUUCGUCUGUCUGUGCUGCUGCUGCUGCUGGUGUCCUCGUCUCUCCUGGUGCAGAGCUACAGCUGGCUCUGGUACAGCUACGAUGGUUUCCACAGAGACACUAGAGUGGAACAGGCCCUCAGUUUGAGAACCCUUAGGAUCCUGCACUGUCUGCAGCUGGGGACAUACCUCAGACACCUGGGCGUCCUGGAGCUGGCUGUGGGACAUGUCUUCUGUGGGACAGACCAGAGGGACCUGUCAGUGUUCCUCAGUCAUGACGUGGCCAUGCUGCGGCUGGUGGAGGCCUUCUCCGAGUCCCUGCCUCAGCUGGUCCUCAUGCUCUCAACCAGCAUCCACAGGGGGGAGCUGCACCUCUGGCCAGGUCUUAAAGCCGCGGCCUCAGCCCUGUGCGUGUCCUUCACGGUCCUGUCGUACCAUCGGUCCCUGAGGUCCUUCCUGCCGGACAAACAGAAACAGAGUGUGUUGUCCUCACUGGUGUUCCUGGUGUGGAACCUGCUGUUGCUGGUGUCCCGCGUGUCUGCACUUUCUCUGGUCAUGUCCUCGUGGCCGUGUCUGUCACUGGUCCACGUCCUCUGCUCCUGGUUGGUUCUGUCGGGCUGCGCCUGGUUCUGUAGAACUGCCUUCAUGUCCAGCCCUGGUGGCGAGCUGCUGUACCGUGGCACCGUGGGGCUCAUCUGGUACUUCACCUGGUUCAACGUGGUGGAAGGGAAGACGUUUCUACGGACGGCGCUCUACCAUGUGUACCAACUGCUGGACAUCAGUCUGCUGUGCUCCGUGUGGGUCUGGACCAGGGAGCUCCAGACGCAGGACCUCCUGCUGAGUCUGGCCGUCCUAGUCACGUACAAUGUGGGGCUGAUGGUGAAGGGGCUGUACUAUCGAUGUCUGCAUCCCAACCUCAGAGUCCAGGACCAGGUGGACUCAGGCCACAGCAACACGUGUGUGAGCCUGGAUGGAGCGAAACACAGCUGCAGGUCUGAGGUCUCCUUUAAAGUUCAUCAUAGAAGAACGUAA